GCGGGGCUGGGGGCGGCGGCGGCAGCCGGCGGCGUGGUGCGCUCUGCGGGCUGCUCGGGAAGUGCCCCCCCCCCGGGGCCGCCGCGACCCCCGGUGGCGCUGUGCCUCCUGCCUCUCCCCGCCCCGCACGGCCGCGCCGCUCGGAGCCCCGGCGGUGGGGAGGCGGUGCGAGGCAUGAAGCUGAGCAAAGCCCAGUACGAUGAAAUAGCGCAGUUCCUGGGGCACGUGCAGCCCACCCGGCAGAGCCUGCGGAAGCUGAAGGAGAAGUUCCCUAGUCAAUCGCAGUCCACUCUGCUGAGCAUCUUCUCCCAGGAGUACCAGAAACAGAUCAAAAGAACACAUGCCAAGCAUCACACUGCUGAAGCUGCUGAAACUUACUACCAAAGGUACCUGAAUGGGGUGAUGAAAAAUGCAGCUGCCCCUGUGUUACUGGAGCUGGCCAAUGAGGUGGACUUUGCCCCAUCAUUGAUGGCCCGUAUUGUGUUAGAAAGAUUUCUGCAAGAACGGGAACAAGCCAUCCCAUCCAAAACUCUUAUUAAUAGUAUGCUACGGGACCCUUCUCAGAUUCCAGAUGGAGUUCUAGCAAAUCAAGUCUAUCAGUGUACUGUGAAUGACUGUUGUUAUGGACCACUGGUGGACUGCAUCAAACAUGCUAUUGGGCACGAGCAUGAAGUCUUGCUGCGAGAAAUGCUUUUGGAAAAAAAUCUCUCUUUCAUAGCUGAAGAUCAGCUGCGUGCAAAAGGUUAUGACAAAACACCAGACUUUAUUUUAGAAGUGCCAGUAGCUGUUGAAGGACACAUAAUUCACUGGAUUGAAAGCAAAGCCUCAUUUGGUGAUGAAAGUAGCCACCAAGCCUACUUGCAGGACCAGUUUUGGAGCUACUGGAAUAGAUUUGGCCCUGGAUUAGUGAUCUACUGGUAUGGAUUUAUUGAAGAGCUGGACUGCCAUCGUGAACGUGGUAUCCUGCUAAAAGACUGCUUUCCUACUGACAUUGUGACUCUGCGACACAGCAUGGCUCAACGCUGAUGGUGGGAGGAAGAGGUAAAUCCGGAAGCAAUUUUACUUUCCUGCAGUGUAAACUAAUAGCAGCAUCUGCCCUGAACUUCAGCUGAACUCCUGCUGCCCGUGCUUAUGCUACUGCCUCUUUACACAAACAUAUCAAGAGUUUCUGUUUUGCUUCAGACCUCUGUUGUGAUCAGCCAAAAACGACAGACACAACCCACUCAUUAUCAGCAUUUCUGUCUCUGUCAAACAGCUAGUUCCUAGAUACUCAUAAUCUUCCUUCCUUCCGGAUGGCUUCUUUGAGCAUUCUAAACAAAGAAAAAAGUGCAGAGGAUGAAAGGUGCAACUUUUAGUUCUUAUUCCUGUUGCAGAGUCACCUUUAAAAAUAAGGGACUUUAUGGUUUCACUCACAAGUUUAUUCAGUGUUAGUGAUCUGGCUGAAACACCUACACGGUGGUGGAAAACUGGUAAAGGCUGUUAUUCUGGGGCUUAAAACAAUACAGUGCAUAGCUCAUAAAGCCCAACUGUUAGGACAGGAUCAUGUAACUUCUGGCUCGUACAGUAAAAAGCCAGAUUUUUAGAGAAUAAUUAGUGUAUGUUUCCUUGCUGUCUCAUUGCUUUAAAAAAAAAAAAAAGAAUCCCAAGUUAACUAUUAAAAAAAUAACUAGAGUUAGGGGAUUUUUAGGGAGUGGAAGUGAAAAGCAAGGAUUCAUUUUAUGUAUAUGAGCCUGUGAACUUUGUGGUAUGUAGUCAUGUUUUUUUAUAAAAAGUUUAAUGAUGCCAAAAUAACUUGUGUUUUGUCUUCCCUUCUCUCUCUCCCCACCCAAGAAUCCAUACCUAGGAGUUGUUCUCUUAAGUAGUGAAUCUGUCUUAAACCCCUGUAGGUACUGUAACACGCAAUUUUCUGGUAUACUGAAGUCUAGAAGAACAAUGUGCAGGGGCUCUCUAUGUGGGUUACUUUUGAAGAAGAUUAUCUUGCUGGUGUUCAAGAAGGGGAGUAGAAAAAAGAUAAAACAGUGCUUCUUAUGGGACAGAUAAAGCAUACAAGUGGGCUUAAGUUUCCUGAGUACUCAUGUAUUCUUGUAAGAUAAUUAUUUUUCUCUUGUUGGAACCACUAUGAUUGGAAAUACACUGAGGUGGGCGUUAGCCCCCCUUGAAAUUUUGAGAGGUUCAAUCUAAUUUUCUUUCUAUACUCAGCACCACUCAGGGAGCAAUAUUUGGACUCAGUUUUGCUCUGAGUUAGAGAUCUCUUAAUAAAUAGUGCCAAGCCCAGCAGCUGUUUUCAUUACUCUUUUCUUUGCUAACAGACAUUCAAGACAGGACAAAAUAUUUUCAGAAGUCAGCAAGAGUUUCUCUGUAUGUUCCCAUGUCCAGAUUUCAACAGCAGUAAGGCAGAGGUACAGAUUCUGUUGUGGAAUUAGAGGUGUAUUAACAGUCCCCUUAAAGCACAAGUUUAUAACCUCUUCCAUAAGGAAAGGGUCUUUAAAACAUUACUGUGCAUAUUCAUCAUCUUUUUUCAGUUGAGGUGAUACUUUGUGCAUCGGUAUGACUUCAGAAAUCACAUGCAGACUUUCUGCAGUCUCACCUUGAGUUUAAAGAAAGGAUAUUAAUUUUUUUUAGAUGCAUGCACAGUAUUUUUAUUUUGAAUUUUUAGUUCUCGCUUUAACACUUUCUAGUAAGCUUUAAAGAGGAGUUUAUCAUUUUGACAAAUUUUUCAUUGUCAGAAAAAAAAUAUCUUUAGUCUUCCAAGUGCUCUUUUCCUUGCUGAGAGAUAAGCUAGUUUAGCCCCACUACAAUGAGCAAUUGGCAUGGAGAGAUUAUUUGCUUGGUUUUGAAUGUGUUCUAGUGAAAAGAUUUAUUUAAAAAAAUAUUCAAACACCUGCAACUCAUUUAUGUUCAACUAUUUAAGGUACUGUGCUUAGCUUAUUUUACCUGACCAGCUUUAUGGAUCUGCACAUAAAGAUGCACAGAAGCAAUCUGUGAAGUGUACCUGCUUGAUGCUACACAGAAGCUGCAGUUAGGGUGUUGCUGCCCCUGGGACUUUUAACUGUGGAUUAGGUUAGUGGCAUGUGUAAAAUCAAGAAGAGAGUAAAAAAAGUAAUAACUGCGCAUUAUUGUAGGAGAAAAUUCAGAAGUAAUGGUUGUUUAAGUGAAAUAGGUUUUAAGGGCAAACUGAAUUUGUUUUAGCUAGUGCAUAUGCUUUCUGUUGUAUGAAAUCAUUUAAAUCAGCUUUUACAUGAUGCACUAAUGCUGUUUUUUCUUUUUGAAUAAAUUAAAUUUAUCUGCACAGAUGUUGAAAAUUCUGCUCAACCUCCAUCAAAGCUUUGCUUUAUUUGUUUUUACAUUAAACAAAUUUAUGUGGGGACACACAGAUAAAUCAGGUUAGGCUUGUAUUUGUUUAUUUAUUCCUCUACCUAAUGCUGUGACAUAACAGGUUGGAAAGCAGUACAGCUGUCUUUAAUCAAAGUUUUGACCUCAUCUUUAUAUAUAUUGCCCCCUUUAAGAAUCUUGGUAUUAGAAUGAAGUUGAAAUAAGCCACAAAAAUGUGCAUACUGUGCUAAUUUAAUUAAAUGUGAUCAAGCAAGCUUUGCCACCACAAAAAAUUAUGCUGUGUCAGUACUUUAAAUGCUGGAAACAGGACAUCAUAAAAAUUAAAACUACAUUGUUAUUCCAACUUGUAUCUUGCAAGAAAACCUCCUUUGUGUAUUUUCUGUUUAUCGGAUGUAAACGUUAACUUAAGUAUUAAAGAGGAGAGACUACUG